AUGGAAGUGUUUGCUUUGUUUAUGCUGGAGAGAGGCGAGUGCAGCGGCUGCUGAUUUUACAGCUGUUAAAAGUAUUUCAUUUGGGUUAAAAUAUUUCCUUUUUUUUGUCGUUUAUACCUGCAUUGAGUUCUGAAAAGAGUCCCUUUUCUGUUUUAUUUAAGAAUUCAGACAGAGUGGAGCGCUAAAGUUACUCCUCGCAAUAGGAAAACGAGUCAGUUGUUUGAUUAAUUUCUUUAUCACACCAGAAGAGGUGCUGAUUUUAUGUGACUGUUAAUUCUCCAUUAAAAAAAAUAAAUACUAAAUUAAAAUCAAAGAGGAUUCCGCUACUCGAGUCUCAAGCUAACAGUCAGUGAAGAUGGACGUCAGCGUCUCCGUGUCGUUCUUUCAAGACGAGCUCGCCUCUACCAUCGAGCACGCAGUGAAAGCGGCUGUAGACACCGUCUUGUGCCAAAUCACAAAAGUUGUCGGCGGCAAAUUCACUGAAUUCCGAAUGGAAAUGGCUGGAAAGGAGAAAGAGAAUGAAAGUCUGAAGCUGAGAUUGGAAAUAUCAGAGAGCGAGUUGAAAGCAGUGCGGGAAUGCAUGAACGCUGCAGAUGCAGACAUUAAACAACCUCUCAGAAACAUGAACCCCGACUGCAAUGAACAAGACUUUCAGAGGAACGAGAACCAGGGAUUAUUUCAAGAUCCCAGAGAGAGCCAUGCUAUGCCUACAUUUGAAGCACAGGAGGGGCCAAGGAUCGAAGUAGUUUACACACAAGAGGAGUCCUUUGACCAGGAGUGGUGUGCAAGUCUAAAGCAGGUUACAGAGAUUAAUCGACUGGAAUGUGUUCCUAUUAAAGAGGAAUUCAUAGAACAGGAAUGUGUCCCCAUCGCAGAGGAAGUUCCUGCUGAAAAUAAUGUCUGUACACUUGAGGAGAACAACCAGCUGGGAUCCAGGCUGUAUGAUGAUUGUCCACCUGCACGUGAACUGGGAUUUAGAGUUUCCACCACUAGUGGCCGCUGCUGUGUGAAGGCUGUGGGUCAGACAGAUAUUGGGUUGGAGACUGGAAGUCCCACCCCUUUUAGAUAUACAAGGAAGCUGGCAGGACUCGGAAGGGGAAGGUGAACCAGGAAGUACGCUACGACUGGUAGGACGCAAAGAACGAAACUACUUGAGGUAUUUGGCUUAUUGUUUUAUAGCUUACAACUGUGUAUUGUUGCCAAAGAAAAUCAGACAAAUACAAAGUAUUUGAAGCUCAAGUACAUGUUUUAUAUUUUUGUGUUAGGGGGUCACAAAUGGAGAUUAGAUAAAAGGGCAUACAGAACAGAAAACAGGAGGCACUUUUUUACACAAAGAAUCGUGAGGGUCUGGAACCAACUCCCCAGUAAUGUUGUUGAAGCUGACACCCUGGGAUCCUUCAAGAAGCUGCUUGAUGAGAUUCUGGGAUCAAUAAGCUACUUGCAACCAAACGAGCAAGAUGGGCCGAAUGGCCUCCUCUCGUUUGUAAACUCUUAUGUUCUUAAAGUGGACUGCGCUAACCGAAAAAAAGAAAAAUAAAGUGAAACCGUGGACAAGGGUUUUAAAACUUUAGAAGAACUGGUGUUUGUAAAUAACAUGAAGAUUAAAAACCUGGAAACUGGCUCAAGAGUCACUGGAAUAAACACAAACACAAGCAGGUUACCGAAGCAAACAAACCUGAGUACCACUUUGAACCUCACCCUGCUACUGUUUGUGUUUAAUUAGCGUGGUUUUAAAGUGUUGGUGCAGAAGAUAAAAAUAAAGAGUAGACAAACAAAAGUGUUGUAUUGGAAAGUGUUUUUUUUUCACGGGACAUUGUAAAGAGAAAGAAAGACACAAUUAACAAAGAAAGCACUGCAACUCUUGAAUCAAUAAUAUGAACCUGUUGUUACUUACCUGGUCGGCCCAGAAGGAAGGAACUGUACUCAAGUUGCUCUUCGGAAGCAUACAGGGUGGUUCUUGGAAACACUACACCCUGCAUCCCCCUGCCUCACCCCAAGGGAGGGUAGCGAGGCCAGAACUGUAAUACAACACUUACCUUUGUCAUUUAUUCAAAGCAUUGGACUUGCUUAUAGGAAGUAAGGAAAACUUCCAUGUAUAUAGUGUUUGGUGGUGGUUCAAAGCACAUGUAUUUAAUAAACAUGCCAGAUGGUUUAUUCCAAUACAUUGGUGCAGUCUCUUUCAUGGCUGUCAUGCACAGGACUUUGCCACAGGUGAUAUUAAGGAGUGUGUUAAUAAUCAAAGUGAUGUUAUCAAGCAUUUGUAAGCAGGUUUUACUGUAUUUUCAUCAGAGUUCACUCUAGGAGUUGGUCAUGGUUAUGAGGGGAAGCCCUGCAGAAGAGUGAAUGUGUAAGAAUGCUGUACAAUAAUCUUUGUCUCUUCUCUUUUUUUUCUCUAGCUGCUAAAAGAAAUCUCACAGGACAGAAAUCUCAUCACUGCACAGUGUGUGGGAAGGUAUUCAGUCGUGCAUUGCUCCUUGUAAGACACCAGCGCAUUCACACAGGAGAGAAACCUUAUCAGUGCACUGAGUGUGGGAAGAGAUUCACGCAGUUAGGAAAUCUUCAAUCGCACCAGCGUGUUCACACAGGAGAGAAACCUUAUCACUGCUCUGACUGUGGGAGGAGUUUCUCACAUUUUAGUUCCCUGAAAAUGCACCAGCGGACUCACAGAAAAAGAAUCUUAUCAAUGUACUGAAUGUCUGAAGAGUUUCAGUCACUGAGCAAAUCUUAAGACACCAUAAAAUGCACACAAGUGAAGCCCUAUCCCUGCACUGAAUGUGGGGAGAAGUUCAGUCAGUUACUGGGUCUUGAAGGACAAGAGAAUUCACAGAACUUUACUCCUGAGGACUCAUAAACACCAUACUAGAUCUUGUUUACCGUUCUGAUUUUUCUACGCCACAUUUUAUCAAUUCUGAACUGCACACCUCAAACAUAGGUUUGUUGUUGUUGACAGGCUCUGUGAGCACCCUUCCUGUAUAUUACAAGCACGCCUGCCAGCGUUUUUUUCAAGUGCUGCAAUAAUCAUUAUCGCAUCAACAUACUUAAAUCACUCUCCCUUAUACAGAGGGGGGAUUCACUUAUGACCUGGAAGUGGAAAUGACGUAUGUUCACAUUUUAACUUUUGAAGCUAUAUAUGUUUGAACUAUAUCAAAACAAAGAUGGAUGCGCCUGAGAGACAAAGUUUUUUUCUGUGGAGACUGUUGCUGAGAGAAGGCUAUUGCUGAGUAAGAAAGUGAUCCUGAAUCAUUCUCGUCUGCCUCAAACAUGGCUUUAGAUGAUCUAUGAGUUUCAAAAAAGUGAAUUAUCGCUGGUAUACCAAACUUAUAAGAAAACUGUACGAUGUGGUGAAAACAACACAAAAAAAUUAGCAAGGCAGUUGGCAUUUGGCAUUGAAUAUCUGAAAAUCUGUUUGAUUUGAUUGUGGCUGGCUUUACCAAAAGUAACAGGUUUUUUAGGUUGUAAAUGACAUUGUUACAUGCAAGCUUUGCCAUUUCCCAUCAUUGUGUAUGCCGUUUUAUACUGAGUUGGAGCCUGGUAUGUUUGUAUUUGCUGUAGUAAAUAUAAUAAGCAGG